GAUGCCCACGGCUGCCCCAGGCUCAUGUUUUACUAUGGAUGUCACUAUACAGCACCCUUGGUUUAAGCGCGCCUUAGGGCCAUUCUACCCCAACCGACUGUUCGAUCAGAUCUUCAGUGAAGGAAUGUUUGAUUUUGACUUGUUUCCUUUCCUGUCUUCUACUGUCAGCCCUUACUACAGACAGAGCCUCUUCCGUGGGUACAUGGACUCUGGCGUCUCCGAGGUCCGCUCAGAUCGUGAUCGUUUUGUCAUUAGUUUGGAUGUGAAGCAUUUCUCCCCCGAGGACCUAAGUGUCAAAUUGCUUGAUGAUUUUGUGGAGAUUCACGGGAAACACAGUGAGAGACAGGACGACAACGGAUACAUCUCCCGUGAGUUCCAUCGCCGCUACCGCCUCCCAUCGAGUCUAGACCAAUCAUUGGUCAACUGUUCUCUGUCUGCAGAUGGGAUUAUGACCUUCUCUGGCCCUAAGUUGCUGUCCAGCCUGGACUCCAGCCACAGUGAGAGGCCCAUUCCUGUCACUCGAGAUGAGAAACCCACCGCAGCCCCCUCCUCCUAAAUCCAUGUCUGCCCCAGUCCUUCCCAUGCCCAGAGUAGGCUUGUGGCUCUGUACAGAGAGCACUGCUAAACCCGCAAUAAACAUAUCUGAACAUCA